CCCAGCGAUCGUAAUCCAGCACGCCAUGCGACGGUGAAGAUACCUCUGCAGAGUGAAACCUCCCUCAAGUGUCAUCUUCAUUGCUUAGGGCCACACGCAGCGAUCGCAGGUUACCCGUGCGAGUGGGUGGCCACCGCAGCAUUCGCACUGGGCGCCGCUGAGGGGUUCCAAUGUGGAUGGGGUAGCGGAAGAAGAGUAAUGAAAGCCUUCAACCAUUUGACCAUUACAGCCGGUAAUUGCGAACAAAAUUGUACUUCAAGUAGGGUCGGGGGCUGGCGGGGGACGUGCGGUGGUUUAUGGGUGGGUCUGCUGAGGUAA